UUCCUGUCUUUAGCUUCUUCACCUGUAUAAAUCUGCUUCCCAUACUGUAGAUCCAAUUCACAAGAUACACAAAGCAGUUUCUCCAUUACAACUUCUUCUUCCCACUGUGAGAGAGCAAAGAAGCUAAGAGAAACAAAGAUGGGGAACCUGUCUUGCUGUGUGAAAGUGGAUCAGUCCACAGUUGCCAUGAAGGAAAGGUUUGGCAAGUUUGAGGAUGUUCUUGAGCCUGGCUGCCAUUGCAUGCCAUGGUUCCUCGGAAGCAGUGUCGCCGGCAGCCUCUCCCUUCGCCUGCAGCAGCUUGAUGUUCGCUGUGAAACCAAGACCAAGGACAAUGUGUUUGUGAACGUUGUGGCUUCAGUUCAGUACAGGGCCCUGGCCAACAAGGCAGACGAUGCUUUCUACAAGCUGACCAACACCAGGUCCCAAAUCCAGGCUUACGUUUUCGACGUGAUCAGAGCAAGUGUCCCCAAACUGAACCUGGAUGCAGCUUUCGAGCAGAAGAACGAGAUAGCCAAGGCAGUUGAAGACGAGCUGGAGAAGGCCAUGUCUGCGUACGGGUAUGAGAUCGUUCAGACGCUGAUCGUUGAUAUCGAGCCCGACGAGCGUGUGAAAAGGGCCAUGAACGAGAUCAAUGCUGCUGCGAGAUUGAGGCUGGCGGCGAACGAGAAAGCAGAGGCGGAGAAGAUCGUGCAGAUCAAGCGAGCAGAGGGAGAUGCAGAGUCCAAGUUCCUGUCCGGGCUUGGUAUCGCGCGCCAGCGCCAGGCGAUCGUCGACGGCCUGAGGGACAGCGUGCUGGGCUUCUCCGGCAACGUCCCGGGGACAUCGGCCAAGGAUGUGCUGGACAUGGUCCUCAUAACCCAGUACUUCGACACCAUGAAGGAGAUCGGCGCUGCCAGCAAGUCUACUGCCGUGUUCAUCCCUCAUGGUCCCGGUGCUGUCAACGACAUUGCUGCACAGGUUCGAGAUGGUCUCCUUCAGGCAAACCCUCCUCAGUGAAAAAUCCCAUAAGCUUCUAUCUAUCCAUCCAUUAUAUGUGUUUAAGCUUUAGCAUCUAUGGCGGUAACAGUAUGGAAAGCGUCCAACUUGAUUUCCAUAAUAUUGUAGUGGGAUAAGAGUAUAGUAUGUGUUUGAUGAAAGUGUGCGUGCAAGGCAACAAGUUCAGGAGCUUAUGUUAUCCCCCCAAGCCACCAUUACCCAAAUGGGUACUAAACUAAUGGUAAUAGCAACUAUUUUUUUAACUGGUUUCUGCAGUUUGUUUUGGUUUGAGGUGUUAGAAUGUGGGUGUGAAAUCCACCAGAAAAGGCUUUUGCUCGACACUCUUGUUUGAGUAUGUUCGCAGCUAUCAUCUACUCUUGAAUUCAUCGCGAAAUAAACGUUAGUUUAGAAUUCAUGAUGU